AUGGAAGAAGAUGAAUUUGAAGAAAAUGUUGGAAAUAACGAUGAUUUUACUGAAGAUAUUGUUGCAUCGGCUGGUCUUGGUCUUUCACUUGAAAAACGUUUUGAACGUUUAAGUCAAUCAGAUCGCAUUGAUCAAUUACCGGAAUUUGAAGAGCGUAUUGGUUGGCUUUAUAAUUUACAACCAUGUGAAUUAUUUGAUGAAGAACGACGAAGAUUUGUAUCAGCACUUGAUCUUUAUUUUAUUGGUGAUAUAGGUGAUCGAUUUAAAAUUUCCGUUAUAUAUCCACCGUAUUUUUAUGUUGGAGCAAAAGUUGGACGAGAAAAUGAUGUUGAUGCUUAUUUGUCAAAACGAUAUCAUAAUCGAUUUUUAUCAUGUGAUCUUGUUGCAAAAGAAGAUUUAGAAAAAAUAUGUCUAACUAUUAAAAAAAACACACCUAAAUUCUUUGAUUUGGAUCUUCCUAAUCAUCUCGCUGGUAUUCAACGUACAUUUAUUCGUCUUCGUUUUCAUGAUAUUGAUGAUUUAAUAAAAGCACGUAAAGAAUUACAACCAAUUGUUAAACGUAAUGCUGAACGUGAAAAAGAACAACAAUCUCGUCCUGAAUUAGCUGUAUUAAAACGAGCUACAUCAUCGAAUCCAAGUAGUGAUCUUUUGGUUGAUUGUCUUUCAAAUGCAAAUGUUGCUGAAAAACAAAUUGAUGGUAUUAUUGAAUUAUGUGAAUUUGAUGUACCAUAUCAUAUUCGAGUUUGUAUUGAUUUAAAAAUAAAUGUUGGCCUUUGGUAUGGUGUUCGUGGUCAAUCAAAAAGUGGUCCACAAAAUCAACUUGUAUUAAAACCAGAUUUAAUCGAACAACCAGAGCCAAUUGUUUUUGCAUUUGACAUUGAAUGUACUAAAAUGCCAUUGAAAUUUCCUACAGCUGCAUCAGAUCAGGUAAAUAUCUCACAAAAUUGCUACUGUGUUGUUUAUUUAAUCCAACUCUCACACUGCGAUUAUUCUUUGUAUGCCAAAUUCUUCUAAUCGUAAUGAUUAUUUCUUAUUCCAAAGAUGUUCAGAGUAUAGAUCAUAGAUCUCUAACAUCACUCAACACGUUCAGUUUUACUCCUUUUUCGUUCUUCUCAAAAUCAAUCUCUAAACGAAGUAUUUCAUUGUUUUCUCCCACAUGGUACGUCCUACCGGGCUUAAAUUNUUGGAAUGAACAUUUUUUCUGGUAUUAACGAAUUGAUAGCGCUUUUCAAAAGCUACAAAAUCAUCUAUGUCCAGUUUUCUAAAAACAUUGGCCAGUCGUGCCUUCCAAUACUAAACUAUUUUUGGUAGCUCAUUUUCCUCUCAAAAUUCAUGCUUGCUAUACUUUGUGAAACAAAAAUGUCCGCAUUAUCGGAAUGAACAUUUUUUCUGGUAUUAACCAAUCGAUAGAACUUUUCAAGUGCUACAAAAUCCUCUAUGUCCGGUGAUCUAAAAACUUUUUGCCACUUGUGCUUUCGAGUAGGAAACUAUUUUUAGUAGCUCAUUUUCCUCUCAUAACUCAUGGGUGUUGUAUUUUGUGAAAGAAAAAUGUUCCCAUUGUUGGAGUCAACAUUGUAUCUAAUGCUAACGAGUCCAUGGAGCUUCUGAGACGUUACAAAAUCAUUUAGUUUUAACGAUAAACUACAUUUUCCCACAUGUAAUGUCGAGUACGAAAGUAUGGCUGAAUUACCAUUGUCGCCACUUAACAUGUGUUCGAUACUAUGCGGGAAAGCAGAUCUGCAUCCUCAGCGGAAUCAAUAUUUCUAGUUAUAUGAUCUACUAGGAAGAACGUACUAUGGUUUGCGAAAUGGUGGACUUCCAAUUCGAACAUUGGCUGCAGAAUAAAAACACCUUAGACAAUGAUAUUUUAAGCAGCGCAAGUUUUGAAGCGGUAUGCGUGACUUCCUUGUUUAAAUGGAGAUUUUUACAACGCAUAGGAUUUUUCUUCCUCCGAGUUACAAAGUUUCUAGUAAUUAUGAACCAAUUUUACAGUCUAUUUAAGUUAACUGUUUCUCAGUAGGGUAUAGUAACUCAUUCAUCUGUUUAUUGCUGUUAGCAUAAGAUAUCUAUAAAAAGCUAGAUGCCUAGUGGGGAUCACAAGGGGGAAACGGCGGACUUUUUGAUUUGAAGUUACUUUGAGCUACUUAAAGCUACUUUAAGCUACAUGAAGUUACUUUAAGCUACUUGUUCCUACAUUGGUCUACUUGGGUGGUACUUUGAGCUCCUUCAAGUAGUCUACUUUGACGUACUUUGACGUAUUUUUCUACUUCAAGUCCGUCGGUUCCCCCUUGGUGGAUCACUGUCAAACAUAGCUUUGCAAAUGGCACAGAGAUCCAUUGGAAUCAUUCGCAUCUGUUCGAAGUAUCGAAGAGAUCGUGCGUUCCAAUCGCAAACAAGUCGUAAUCGAUAGUGAUUGCGUAUUCCAAUCAGUUAGGUUAAAAACUUCAUCUAUCUAGAUGAAAGAGGCCCAAGACGCACAUGAGUAAGGAAAAUGAAAACGUCUGCGUGUCGAAAAGUAGAAACUAAAGAAACGGUAUUUUCCUGCCACUGCAGACAUUUUCUUAACUUCAAGAAGGAUAAUCAGCGCUUGCUCUGUGUGAUGUAACUGACGUGUAAAACUGGGGAUGUAUGGAUGACAGCAGGAAAGUAAACCGUUUCAAUGUGCAAAGGGGUCCAUUAAAUGUGUUUUCAGUUACUUUCUAUCCUGUUCGUUGAGGUUUUUUUUCUAAAACUGUGCCGAUUGUAUCCCGAAAGAAUACCAAGCACACGCUUCACGAAGUAAUAAAGAUACUCACAAGGUUUUUAGUGCGUAAAACUUUCUAUAGGGCCGCAAAUAUAACAUUUCGAGCGAUGGCAAUGUUAGUUCGUGGUACUAUAUAGAGAAUUUCAGCACCGCUUCUUCCAUUAAAAUAUUCAUGUCCGAUGACGUCGCCAACGAGGUCCAAACUCAUUCCAUCAAUCUCCGACUUCGAUUAAAUACACAUACAUAGAAAAGUUUUACAAGCUUCCACACCCAGGAAAACCAAAUGUCAUCAAAAUGUGUCCAAUUCUACAAAUGAGCUGCUUCUUCGCAUGUCUUCUUCAUUUUGUUUCGAUUGAAAGCUGCCAAAGCGAAAUAUUACCAUCGUUCCAUACAACCUAUAUGGACCUCCACAAUUCUUGUAUAAGAUGUCCAAAUCUUAUGAAAGUCAACAAAACAGUGAUAUCCUACUCAACGCUAAGUUUUCAACACAGCUAAUGAAACUACCACCCAUUUACACACCAAAAAUAACACUACAAUAAAAACACUCCGAAUUAAUCUCAGUGUUUGAUAUACAGACAAUAUACAUCCGGCAUACUCACUCUGAUAUCAGUGAUAAACGACACCACAACAUUUCAUCCUUACUCGUCCCAUCAAACCUCAUCACACAAGAUGACCAAAUUGUUAACAUUCUCAAAACUCCACCUCCACGAAGUGUCUUUACGCCUAUUCAGCAUCUCUAAAGUCCAAUCUAACUUCCAAACUAUUUUAUGUGUAGCUUUUGAAAAUCUCUAUCAAUUGGCUAAUACCAGCAAAAAUUGUUCAUUCCAAUAAUACGAACACUUUUCUUUUACAAAGUACGUCAACCAUGAACUUUGAGAGAAAAAUGAGCUACCGAAAAUAGUUUGGUACUACAAAGCCCAAAGAGCUAAACGUUUUUGAUGAUCGAACAUAGAUGAUUUUGUAGCCUUUGAAAAGCGCUAUCAAAUCGUUAAUACCAGAAAAAAUGUUCAUUCUAAUAAUGCUGAUAUUUUUAUUUCACAAAGUACAGCAAUCAUCAGUUUUGACUGGAAAAUCAGCCACCGAAAAUAGUUUGGUAUUUGAAAGCACAAGUGGCCAAACUUUUUCGAUCACCGGACAUAGAGGAUUUUGUAGCUUUUGAAAAGCGCUAUCGAUUCGUGAAUACCAGAAAAAAUGUUCAUUCCAAUAAUGCGGACAUUUUUGUUUCACAAAGUACAGCAAACAUGAAUUUUGAGUGGAAAAUCAGCCACCGAAAAUAGUUUGGUAUUGGAAAGCACAAGUGGCCAAACUUUUUCGAUCACCGGACAUAGAGGAUUUUGUAGCACUUGAAAAGUUCUAUU